CCACGGUCCCUGAAGACAGAAGACACAUGAGGAAUCAGGCUCCCGCCUAGACACAGCACCAUGCAUCUCCUCGGUCCCUUGCUUCUGCUUCUCGAAUACUUGGCUUUCUCUGACUCAACCUCCUGGACGUUUGAACAUCCCAAGACCCUCUAUGCCUGGGAUGGAGCCUGCGUCUGGAUUCCCUGCCGCUACAGUAUCGUAAACAGGCACUCCAUAGAUAACCUGACUGUGUACCACAAUUAUAAGUACGACAACUCCACCAAGAGCUACAGUGGGACCAUCCUCUAUAAGAACCUAAAAAUCAGGGAUUUUCCUCCUCGUCAGGGAAGGGUACGAUUCCUGGGAAACAACAGAUACAACUGCACCCUCCUCAUCAAUCCCGUGAAAGUCAAUGACAGCGGUCAGCUGGGGCUGAGGAUGACGUCUAAGGAGGACAAAUGGAUGGAACCCAUAGGCCUCAACAUCUCUGAGACGGCUCCUCCACCCCGCAUUGAGCUCCCUCCAGAAAUCCGGGAGCUCCGUGAUGUCACUGUCACCUGCUUGCUGAAUUUCGCCUGCUUUGAGUACCAGGUUCAUUUGCAGUGGUCCCUGGAGGAGCCUGCGGUCACCUCCACCUGCCUGUCCACCAAGACUGUCUCCACCCAGAGCACUCUCACGUUCCAGCCGCAGUGGACUCACCAUGGCAAGAACCUGACCUGCCAGCUCUGGGACCCCACGGAGCAGCAGUUACUCUCUGAGGAAACGGUGUGGCUGGAUGUGAAGCACGCGCCAAAGUUGAAGAUCCAGGUCAGUCCCACAGAAGCCACUGUAACGGAGGGAGAGUCUGUGACCAUGACGUGCCAGAUUGUCAGCAGCAACCCACGGCACCAGGGUGUGUCCUGGCUCAGGGACGGGGCCCCGCUGCUGGGGGAGGAGACGCCCACGCUCACUCUGCCCCAGGUGACCAGGAAGAUGAGUGGGCAGUACCAGUGCAAGGCCCACAACGAUGUGGGCUCAGAAAAGUCGGAAGCAGUGGACCUCCAAGUACACUGUGAGCCUGCUGGGAGCUGGGGAGGGGCCAGGCCGGGGGUCAGCAGGGGCGCCUUCCAGGCCCACGGGAGGGGAGCCCCGGAAGCCUCUGCUCACCACCACCCCCAACCCCCCCGGCCUCGGCCUCUUCUUCCAGAUGCUCCGGAACCUUCCAGCGUUCAGAUCUUCUCCUCGCCAGCUAAGGAAGGAAAUAAAGUAGAGCUGACUUGUAUAUCGCUGGCCAAUCCUCCUCCAACAAAUUACACCUGGUACUACAAUGGGCUAAAAAUGCCUGGAAAGACGGACAGGACCUUCCAGAUCUCAGAGGUCCUCCUCAGGCACGCUGGGGAGUACUCCUGCUUGGCGGAAAAUAGUCUUGGUCCUGGAGAAGCUGGCCAGGGGGCUGACUUGGAAGUCCAGUAUCCCCCCAAGGAGGUAAUCACAGUGAUUCAAAACCGCACACCGAUUCGAGAAGGAGACAGCGUGAUCCUGUCCUGUACCUACAAUUCCAGUAAUCCCCGAGUUACCCGAUAUGAAUGGAAUCACCUAGGCUUCCAGGACCGGCUAUUACCUGCUGGGCUGACGAUUCGAAAAGUUGCCUGGGACACAGGGCCAGUCAAAUGCGCAGCCUGUAACCAGUGGUGUUUGUGGUCUCCCCCUGUCAACCUGGAUGUCCAGUAUGCCCCCAAAGAUGUCAGCGUCCAGGUCACUCCCCACAAUGAGAUUCGCUCUGGGAACCCGGUUCUCCUCCAAUGUGACUUCUUAAGUAGCCGCCCCACGGAUGUCCGCUUCUUCUGGAAGAAAAAUGGAAUCCUUCUGGAGGAAGGAAAGAAACUGAGCUUUGACGCCAUCUCUCCAGAAGAUGCUGGAACUUACCACUGCUUGGUCAACAAUUCCAUAGGACAGAACUCGUCUAAGGCCUGGGUUCUCCAAGUGCUGUAUGCACCCAGGAGCCUGCGUGUGUCCAUCAGCCCGAAAGACAGACUGGUGGAGGGGAAGAAGGCAGUCCUGACGUGCGAGAGCGACGCCAACCCUCCCACCUCCCACUACACAUGGUUUGACUGGAAUAACCGAGACCUCCGCCAUUAUGAUCAGAUGCUGAGAUUGGACCCUGUGACGCUGCAGCACUCAGGCGCCUAUUGGUGCCAGGGGACCAACAGGCUGGGCCGGGGCCGGUCGCCGCCCACCACCCUCACUGUCUACUAUAGCUCAGCCACCAUCAGCAGGCGAGUGGCCUUGGGAGUGGGGCUCUGCCUGGCCAUCUUCCUCCUGGCAACCUGGGGAGUCAAGCUUCAGCGGAACUGGAAGAGGACUCAGAGACAGCAGGGGCUUCAGGAAGGUUCCAGCGGACAGAGCUUCUUUGUGAGGAAUGUAAAGGCUCGAAGGAUCCCCCAGGCUGAAGGCCCCCACUCCCUGGGGUGCUACAAUCCAGUGAUGGAAGAUGCCGUCAGCUACGCUGCCUUGCGCUUUCCUCGUGGCGAGACUGAUGCACCGAGACCUGGAGAUGCAGGGACCUCAGAGACGCGGGGACUUUCCCCAAACAGGGACGACACAGUCACUUACUCUGUGGUGCAGAAGCGUCAAGUGGGCGACUAUGAGAACGUGACUCCAGAGGUCCUAGAAGACGAGGGGAUACAUUACUCGGAGCUGGUCCGUUUUGGGUCUGGGGAGCCGCCGCUGGCCCAGGAAGGAGUGGAAUACGUGACCCUCAAGCACUGAUGAGCCAAACCAGCUGAGGUGGAGGUGCCACAGGGGCCGCAGGGGCCAGGGUGGUCCUGGAACUUUCUCAGCCUCUGCUGUUCAGCUGCGAAGUCACACACACACACGCACACACACACACGCACGCACGCAUGCACGCACACACACACACACACACACACACACGAGCACACACGCACGGUCACAGUUACUGCAACCCCAGUUGGUGCAGAGAACUUUGUACAUGGUCCAGAGACAGUCUUCCUUCUUAGCACUGGUAACCCCGACCCUCCAAAGGGUCUGUCCCUGGUCCUUUCCCACUCCCCUUCUCACCCAGAAAUUCAUCUAAAUACCUACCCUGAGCUGUACAAAUCCCCCUGCCCCUUCCCAGCCCUCUGCCACCACCUACCCACUCCCAAACCCCACCCCCCAGCUGGCUGUGUCCCUGCGGGGAUCAGCUGGUCAUUAUUUGUAUUGCUCUCUCUCCCCAUCCCUUUGACACCUCACCCCUGCUCUGAUAACUGCACUCACUAAUCUUAUGCCUAAUUUUUGACCCCAGGGCAAAGCCCAGGGAAAGAGGAAACAAAAUGAGGUAGAGGCACUGCCCUGGGCUGGUUUCUUCUCUAAGAGGCAUUCCACGGGAGGAUUAUGCUGCUGCGACUCCUUUCCUCAGGGGUCUCGUGGUCUGAGACGUACACUGAUGUGGGCAAACGUGUAACAGACCCAGAGCUACACAAUAAACAUGGCUCAGAUGCCACGGCAAAGAGUCAGUGCAUGAUUUCCAGUCUGCAGAGUCUGAGUGGGGACAGGGAGAUGGGGCAGGCAUG